CAAUCCCCGGUACCACCCCCGCCUCCCGGUCCCGUUCCCGGUCCCGUUCCGCCUCUCCCCGCGGCGGGAAGGGAAGGGGCGGCAGGAGAGCGAACCGGGAAGCGGAGGGGGGGGGGGGGCUCUGCCGGUUCCCGGUGUCACCGGGGGGGGGUGGGUGUGUGAUGGGCGCUGCCGGUGCCGGUGCCGGUGCCGGUGACGAUGACGGUGCCGCUGCUGAAGAUCGGGGCCGUGCUCAGCACCAUGGCCAUGGUCACCAACUGGAUGUCCCAAACGCUCCCGUCGCUCGUGGGGCUUAACGGCACCGCCGUGUCCCGGGCCGGCACCUCGGAGAAAAUCACCCUUUUCCAGAGCCCCGAUGAGGGUUGGCAGGUUUUCACCUCGGCACAAGCUCCGGAUGGAAAAUGUCUCUGCACCGCCGUGAUUCCCGUGCAGGGCUCCUGCUCCAGGGACCUGCGCAGCCUCCAGCUCCGGCAGCUGCUGGAAAAGGUGCAGAACAUCUCCCAGUCCAUGGAGGUGCUGGAUCUGCGCACGUUCCGGGACCUGCAGUACGUGCGGAACACCGAGGCGCAGAUUCGGGCUCUGGACUCGCGCCUCCGCGGCGCCUCCGAGGGGCACCGAGCGCUCAGCGCCCGCAGCUUCCAGGACCUGAAGGAGAAGAUGCGGGAGCUGCUGCCGCUGCUGCCGGUGCUGGAGCAGUACAAGGCGGACUCGAGGCUCAUCGUGCACCUCAAGGACGAGGUCCGGAAUCUUUCGGGAAUUCUCUUGGAAAUUCAGGAAGAAAUGGGAGCCUACGACUACGAGGAGCUGCAGCAGCGGGUGCUGCUGCUGGAGGCGCGGCUGCACGCCUGCCUGCAGAAAUUGGGCUGUGGGAAGCUGACGGGGGUCAGCAACCCCGUCACCGUCCGCGCCUCGGGAUCGCGUUUCGGCUCCUGGAUGACGGACACGAUGACGCCCAGCGCCGACACCCGGGUCUGGUACAUGGACGGCUACUUCAAAGGCCGCCGCGUGCUGGAAUUCCGCAGCCUCGGCGACUUCGUCUCCGGCCAAAACUUCGUCCAACACCUCCUCCCUCACCCUUGGGCCGGCACCGGCCACGUCGUCUUCAACGGUUCUUUGUACUACAACAAAUUCCAGAGCAACGUGGCCGUGCGGUACCACUUCCGCUCUCGCAGCGUUUUGGUGCAGCGCACCAUCGCCGGCGCCGGUUACAACAACACCUUCCCCUACUCCUGGGGCGGCUUCUCCGACAUCGACUUCAUGGUGGACGAGAACGGCCUUUGGGUGGUCUACACCACCAACCAAAACGCCGGCAACAUCGUGGUGAGCCGCGUGGACCCGCAGACCUUGGAGGUGUUGAGGAGUUGGGACACCGGUUACCCCAAGCGCAGCGCCGGCGAGUCCUUCAUGAUCUGCGGCGUUCUCUACGUCACCAAUUCCCACCUGGCGGGCGCCAAGAUUUAUUUCGCGUAUCACACGAACACUUCCAGCUACGAGUACACCGAUAUCCCGUUCCAUAAUCAGUAUUCCCACAUUUCCAUGCUGGACUACAACCCCCGCGAGAGGGUUCUCUACACCUGGAACAACGGCCACCAGGUCAUCUACAACGUCACGCUCUUCCACCUCAUCGACACGGCCGGGGAGCUCUGAUGGCUGGUGGCAGAGAGGAAAUUCCGGAAUUUUUGGUUUCCGCGCUUCCCGCGCUUUCCAUCUUGGGUAUUACCAAGGGAUGAGAAAAUUCCCAAA